AUGGAUGUGGGGGAGAGAGCGAGACCACCAGGAGACCCGCCGGACACGGUUCCUUCUUGGGUAUCCAAGGUAGUGAAUACGACGGAGGGGGGUAUGCCGGUACCGGAGAGAUUGAUUGAAGAUUCGUUUGUUACGGAAAGACUCCGAGUAGAAUUCCCGAAUGGAGAGGAUGGGGAACCAUCCAUCACGAUUGGGAAGGAAGUGUUGGAAGCGAUGAAUGGGAUGUGGAAGCAGUGUAUGAUUGUUAGGGUGUUGGGGAGGAACGUUGCGAUCGCUGCCUUGAGUAAGAAGUUACGAGAAUUGUGGAGUCCGAAGGGAGCAAUGUACGUAAUGGACCUACCCCGGCAGUUCUUUAUGGUGCGUUUUGAGAAAGAGGAUAAGUAUUUGGCGGCGCUGACAGGAGGACCAUGGAGGAUCUUUGGUAGCUACCUCAUGGUGAGAGCUUGGUCGCCAGAGUUCGACCCCUUGAGAGAUGACAUUGUUACAACACCAGUUUGGGUUCGAUUAACAAACAUCCCAGUGAAUUUUUACCACAGAUCGAUCCUCAUGGGAAUUGCACGGGGUUAG